GCGGCGAUCAGCUGAUCUGCCGAAGUUGGGGAGCGACUGCCUUCUUGAGGCAAGGCAAGAUCGUCAGGAAAGGCUGA